UGUAAUUUCACUAGGCUUUUAGGUUAGUUUUGCAUUUGAUUCAAGUUUGGGUACAUGUUUGGAGUUAAAAUCAAGUUGUGGGUUAGUUUUGGCAAAAACCCCUUAUUUGUUUUGUUAGAAUCAUGACAGACCGAUUUGUUACAGAAUAUUUUGACAUUAACAAAAAUCACAUUCCACUAUUAUAUAUAUAUAUAUUAUAGCAUGAAAACUAAACAAAAUCACGUUUUAUUGUUUUUAUGUUAUCUUAGAAUGAAUCCGUUGAACCUAGCCAGCACAAGUUCACCCCCUCCUGUUGCUAAUGAUCUCUUGGUCAAGCGAAAGAGAGGUCGUCCACGCAAAGAUGAACAAGAAAAUGGUCGCGUGACUCCAAAUCUUGACGUUAAUCUGGUUGGUAAGACUGUUUCUGGUGUGGUCGCAGGAUCUUACGACGCAGGAUACAUUCUCAACGUCAAGGUUGACGACAGUGACACUAAACUGAGAGGUAUCGUGUUCGCACGAGGGAAAGUUAUGCCGGUGACACCAUCUAACGACGUAGCUCCUAAUGUUAAAAUGUUCACAAAAGAAGAAACCAAGAACCAAAGUGAUGAUGAUCAGUCUCUACCUCCUAAUGAUGAACCAAUAAAAGAUGUUUUCACUGACUUGGAGAUUUCUGAACCUGCUCGAGCUUUGCCUUUAAUGUCCAAGGAGAGCAAUGGCGAAGCUGCGACUCGUCUGGUGGAGUUUUUUCCAGCUCCAGAGACGAAGACGAUGGUGACUGGUAAAGAGAACCUUGUCUUGGCACAGAAAGAGCAACAGAAAUCACCUGGUGAGGGUCGUGGGUUCGAUCUUAUGGCGGAGGAACCGGCUUGUAUAGGAGAGAAAGUGCCGCAGGGGCUUCAGCUAGAGCUUGGGAACAAGAGUAUAUUGAGCGGAGACAACAACGACAACAACAACGUUGGCUCCGAAAUGGAGACAGAUCCUAAAAGCUCUGUGUCCAAGAGUGGGCUGAUAGCCAAGUUGUUUGAGGGGGAACACAAGAAGGUGGACUGUGCCAUGGAAGAAGAAGCAUCUCCAUCAGUUCAGUAGUUAGAAGUUAAUAUUCGCCAAUAUAUUUAUGUUUUCUCUUGUUUCAGUUCUUUGUUUAAGAGACUUUCAGUGUUUGUUGUAAAACUGUUGCUUCUUCUGGUUGUUCAAACAUUUGUUUCUUUUGAGUGCUAACAUCACAAACAAACAAAAAAAAAAAAAAAAAAAAAAAAAAACAUCACAAACAAAUUAACUCUCAACUUAUAGCCUUGGAGGCGAGAGAUUCCCUAAGUAGAUUUUUUGUGAAUUAGUGGAUUGGAUUAAUUUUCCAAAAUAUCACAAUCUGACUUAUUAAUGGUUCAGCUACUGAAUUUAGCUGACCAUUUUAAAAAAAAUUAUGCUUUGUAACUUAUUAAAUGAUCAGUUAUGA